AUGAAGUUCACCGCCGUCAUCGCUGCCGUUCUUUCCAUGGCCACCUUUGCCAUCGCUGUCCCCGUUGCCGUCCCCGCACCAGCCAAAGACGUUGAAGUACGCCAAAACCACGGAAAGUGCGUCAAGAGUACAGGUGGCGGAGUCAUGGAGGACGUGAACUGCUAG